UUGGUAUUUAGAGUCCGAAGGGGGUGACCGGAGACGGAGGAUUUUAUUCCGCCGUGAAAUUUAGCGGGCGAUCAAAUCCCAUUUGGCAUCAAUCCUGCUGAAAAUCGGCAUAAAUCAUUGUUAAAUCCUACAUCCAAACAGCCCCAUAGCUUGUAAAUUCAGGGAGCCUGCUGCGACUCUUUAUUGGGCGAGCUUAUUCGUUGCUAGAGCGAAGACAUCGUGUCGAGCUAUCACAUGUCGUCAUGGCGUCUGGAACCCUAACCAGGUAUCAUAACCUCCUUAGGGUUUCCAUCUAUCCUCUGCCCCAUUCAUUUACAUAUUGCACCUCCGAUCUCUCGCAGCAAUCUAUUUUUUCUCCUAAAUCUCAAGAAAUUCCUUCGAAACACGAGACAACACUCUCAGAGCAGUUCGUUCUUGAGGAGUUAUCUAGCAUCCUUCCAAUUGGUCUUAAAACCACUAAAAGUUGCGCUUUUACCUUGACACCAAUGCCGGAACCCCAGCUAUCAAAACCGAGCAAUUGCCUUCUCUUACCCGAUGAGAAGCUGCGAGGGAUUUUUCUCCAGAAAGUUAGCGGCAAAUACACCUUAGAGUCCGCCCUUUCUGCGACCGGCGUCAAUUUGACGCCGGAAAUCUUUUCAGAUGUGCUGAACAAGGGCAGUAUGGGCGGGGCAGCGAUGGUGGCUUUCUUUAAUUGGGCGUUGGGGCAUUCAGAUUUACCGAAGAACAUUGAAACCUAUAACUUGGUUCUCAAAGCUCUUGGCAAAAGGAAAUUUUUCGACUUUAUGGUUGAAGUCUCUCUUCGAAUGAGGAAGGAUGAGUUGAAACCUGAUUUGGGAACCAUAGAAAUUAUCUUGGAUAGUUUUGUGAGAGCUCGUCAGGUUUCAAAAGCUGUUGACUUUUUCAAAAGGCUAGAGGAUAUUGGUGCUGAUUGUGACACCAAGGCUCUUAAUAUCCUCCUGAAGUGUCUAUGUACUAAGUCUCAUGUUGGAGUUGCUAGUUCAUUAUUGAACUCCAUGAAAGGGAAAAUCCCAUUUAAUGAACUAACAUACAAUGAAAUCAUUGCAGGGUGGGCAAAGUUUGGAAUGGUGGAUAAAGUGGAGAAAUACUGGGCAGCAAUGGCGGCGGAUAAUUUCAGUCCUGAUUGUCGAACAUUCUGCCACCUUAUUGAGGCAUUAGGAAGAGCUGGGAGGAUUGGCAAAGCUGCUGAAACCUUUGACAAGAUAGAGGAGAAGGGAUGCAUUCCAGAUACAUCCAUAUACAAUGUGAUGAUUUCUAAUUGUAUUUCAGCAGGUGAUAUUGAGGAAGCAGUUAAUUACUACAAGAGAAUGACUGAGAGGAAAUGUUCUCCAGAUAUUGAUACUUACAGCAAAUUGAUUAAAGCUUUCCUGAAAGCUAGGAGAGUGGCAGAUGCUCUUGAGUUCUUUAAUGAAAUGCUGGGACGUGGACUCGUACCUACCGUUGGAAUGGUUACUUCCUUUAUCGAACCUUUGUGCAACUUUGGGCCGCCGCAUGCUGCUAUGGUGAUCUACAAAAAUGCCAUGAAAUUAGGGUGUAGAGUAUCUUUGAAGGCCUACAAGCUUUUAUUUAUGAGGCUCGCAAGGUGUGGUAAAGGCGGGAUGCUGUUGAAGCUUUGGGAAGAAAUGCAGGAGAGUGGUUAUACUUUAGAUAAUGAAGUUUAUGAUUGUAUUAUCAAUGGACUCUGCAAUGUUGGGCAUGUUGAGACUGCUGUGCUUAUUGUGAAUGAGGCAUUACGACAUGGCUGUUGUCCUGGGAGGAUUGUUUAUAGCAAACUUAAUAACAAGUUGUUGGCAAUGAGUAAAGUUGAGACAGCAUACAAGCUCUUUCUCAAGGUCAGAGAUGCAAGGAAUAAUCAGAACUUGCAGAGUUACUGGCGUUCCAGGGGAUGGCAUUUUUAAACAUGAGCUUCUGUGGUCUAAUUGUGUGAUAGAGAUUACGUGGCAAACUGUUAUUUUGGUAGCAUGGAAGCUUGACAAACAGGGAACAAACAAAGAAAAACCACUUGCACCUCUUUCUCCUCCCCAUACCAAAACGGGGCGAGCUAAGAUAAAACAGAAAAUAUUAUAUCCAAUGGGAAAGGAAAAAAAGCUGUAUAGUGAAGUAAAGCAGAAGAGCAAUUUUGUAAUAGAAUUGGUAAGUGGUGGUAAAGUAUUCCGUAGCAGACUUUCGUAAGAUUUAUCUUUUUAGGGGUUGUUUGGUUGUGAGUAAAGUAUGUGCAAAAUAUUCUUUUGAAAAUGUUUUGAAAAUAUUGAUAUUUGAUGACUAAAUGCAAUGUCUAGUUCAUUUUUAUGUGAA